AUUGUAACAGAUUAAGAAAUACCAAGUUGCUAUUCUUUACGUAUUGUGUAUGUGUGUUAAUAAAACUAACCAGUUAUAUAACUUAGUUCUGUAAACUAUUUUACGUAGUAUUGAAGUAAAACAAAAAUGAAAAGUACACAGGAAGUACGUAUUGUUGUACACCUCAUGUCAGAUUUCAUGGAGCACACCAACAAUAAGAUCAAUGAUACCCCAGGUCCGACCAUCUCGUGUAUUUAACAGUACCUAGGACUACGUCAUCCAAUGUGUCAUUCCUUUUUUAUAUAUAUAUGUAUGUAUAUAUAUUAGAGGGACGUUAAGGGAACUGAGCUUCUAUUUCCAGGAGUUCUUGUGAUUCGUGAAGCGGCUUUUUCGAUGUGUGGAAGUAUUCAUUGAUAUAUGUAUAACGUAGUGUGAUAAUAGAACUUGCUGGAUAUUCUAAAUAAUGAAACUCAAAGCAACUCUAAUAUUACGUUCGGUUAUGAUUUAUCAAUAAUUAGAGGAUUCGCUCUAUAAAUAUAUAUUAAAAGAAAAAACAAACAAACAAUGCCGCUUCUUGGGAAAAAGAUUUUUGUUUACGCCAAGCCACUGGUGAAUCGUAAAUCGGAGGAAGUAAUCUACAGCAUUGCCCAUACGAAAGAACAGUUCCGAUCGAAGCAGGAUUAUGAGAAGCGAGUGGCACUGUACAAGAACCGCAUCUGGACGUGUCAGUCAACUGGACACACCAACCUCACCCAUGAAGAAGCUUGGAAUUCGGAAAAGAAUGUUAAGAAAUCGGUCCAAUCGCAGUUUCAGACCUGCUAUGAGAAACCCGUCUUGGAGAUUGUACACCAUAGUAUUCUCUCUUUGGACACAUUGGUUGACCAAGCUUGGCUCAAGCUACAACAAGUUCUUUCAAUCAAUGAAUGUGUUUCUCUGAAAGUCAAGACUUCUGGUAAAGUGGUGAAAGCCAAAGUUGUUAGAAUCGAUACAUGUGGUAUUGAGGCCAAUCCUACAAGUAAUUGCAGUUCUCCAUCAAGUGAUAAAGAAAAUACAGAUGAAAACAGUUCUAAUAAAGAUACUGGGCAAAAGAAGUGGGUGCCUCCCAAAUUAUUACCGUAUAAAUACAGCAUAAAACUAAAUGAAGAAGAAAAAAUUAUUAACUGUGUACCAGCUGCUGAUUUAACUCGUGUUGACCGGCCACCUCCGAAAGAACUUCUUCGUUUGUUCAUCAGAACACAUGCUUUACGUGCUGGUGUAACGUCUUCCAGUCCUUGGGUUGUUGAUGAUAUCAUGAUUAAAAAACAUAGCAUACAGAAUAAACUUGCAGAUGUUUUCUUAUCUCCAAUGAAGAUACAAGAUCAUUCCUUAGAUGAAUGUGCAAAGAAACGAAAACUGUCCAGUAGUAAAUCUCAGAAUUCUUCAAAUGCCAAAAAAUCUAAACUUGAUAAAUCCAAACCUGCGAAAACCUCCAAGAAAAAGAAGGAUGAAUCGGAAAGCAGUUCGAAGAAGAAAGCAAAGCAGGGUAAAUUGAAUACUAGUAGUAGCAGUAGCAACAGCAGCUGUACCACUAAAAGGAAACCCUCUAUAUCGAAGAACAGCAACAGCGGCAGUCCAAGCAAAAAAAGCAAAUUAGUGAAUGAUGUGGAUUCUUCUGAUGAAGAUUCAGAUACUAGCGAAGAUUGUACUCUUGGAAAAUUAAAAAAAAAGCUUCCGUUGAGCAAAGACGAUGAUGAUGUCCCCCUAAGUACGUUAAAAAUGCAGCGUACGCCCACAAAGAGCAAAAAAACUGACAGCCGGCAAAGCACCCCUAAAAAGCCUAAGACUGUACAGAAAGACCAGGGCAAAGGGAGUGCUAAGAAAUCGUCAUCGAAGAGCUCUGAAAAGAAGAAGUCUUCGAAAGAGUCUGACAAAAAGAAGAAAGUCUCCGGUGAGAAGGAUAAAAAGAAAAGUAGUAGUAGUAGUAGUAGUAAUAAAUCUAAGGAUAAAGAAACUCCGAAAAAGAACAAGAGUAUGAAACAAAUGACAUUGCUGGAAAUGUCGACCAAGAAAGGACCAAAGACACCUGAGAAAAAGAAACCCUCCACCACAUCUUCACCUCAAAAACCACCUCCUCUUGUACGAAAAUUAAUGGCAGCUAUGAAGACUAAAGAUAGUAACAGAAAUGAAUAUAAGAAAAUUCUAGAAAAAGUUGUUAUACAUUUAUCAGCUCAACAGAGAGAAAAAUUGCCUCCCGAUGUGAAAGACAUUGUCCUGAAAGCUUUCCAAAGUCAUGAGGAAAGGAAAAAGCUGAAGGCAAUGACUGCAGAACAACGUGAGGAAUAUCUACAAAAGAAAAGAGAAGAAUCCAAGAAAAAACAAGCUGAAGAUCGAAGAGCAAGACAGGAAGCAAUCAGGAAGAAGAAACGAGAACUUUCAAGGCGUUACGAAGAUCAAGAUCUGGAUCAAAAGUCUCUUCCGGUUCCAAAAUUGAUUUCACAUCCAAAGGUUUUACCGAUAGAAGCAUUUGGUGAUGUUGCUAUGGUUACAGAAUUCAUUAACUGUUUUGCUGGUUUAUUAAUGCCACAAGGAGAAAAAGUCUAUUAUACAGAUACAUUAAUGAAAGCUCUCGUUGAUAAGGAGAAAGGUUCUUCAUAUAUUGCGGAAAUACUUGUUAUAUUGCUGCAGACAUUAUUGCAAGAUGAAAUAUCUGAGGAUUAUGCUGAAUUGAAAACCUCACUUUCUGAUAUCCCUGUGAAUCACUAUACUGCCACCGAACUUGUCCGUCUUGCGCUGAGGAAAAUCGAUACAGAUGUCGCUGAUGAAGCACAGAGUGAUGACAGCUCAACGAGUGGAGUAGAAGAAGAGUUAGAAUUAAAUGAAGAAUUGAUAGAUAUGUUGGAAAAUCAUGAAUUAAAUGAUCUAGAACCUGCUCAAAAACUUCAGAUUUUGAAAGGAUUGUGUCUUCGUAUUAUGGGCACUUACUCUGUGCAAGAUUUCAUGGAACAGAAACAGGCCGAAGCUUCAGAUCUUUGGCGUAGAAGACUGUUUUCUCUGAAAGAAAAGAAGCAACAAAGAUUUCUUGCAAAUGCAAACAAAAUAACAUUGAAAGAGGACCAGUCAGAUUCUAAGGAAAACGAUCCGAAAAAUGGGAAUGUAAAGACAGAACCCAGAAAUAUAAAGGCUAGUGGUGAGUCUGGUUUAACCAUCAGAGAUUUUUAUGGCAAUAAAGUUGCUGAAGAAGAGGAGGCUAACUUUUCAGAUGAUGGCUUAGCAUCGGUUGUUAAACGACGGCAACGGAGAGCUGCUGUUGUUGCAAAAGAGAAAGAAAAACGAGAUAAGGAGGAACGCGAAAGACGAGAGAAAGAAUAUGCUGUACUUCGCAAGAUAAAGGAGGAAGAAGCAUUUGAGAAGGAAUUUAACGAUGGAAUAUCUUUUGCUAAGCUUGUUCUACGCCUAUCUCCAAUUGGAACGGACCGAAAUCAUAGCCGAUAUUGGGUAUUUUCUCGAUGCACCCCAGGUCUUUAUGUUGAAAAAGGCUGGAUUCCUGAUGAAAUUGCAUUCAGUUUCAAAAAUGAGUCUGAUGACAGUUCUUGUAGCUCCGAUGAUGAAGUCCUUUCAAAUUCACAAAACUCACAUUAUAACAACAAACCGGUUGAAACGAGCGUUCCUGAACCUGGCCAAAACACCUGGUCUGUUUAUGAAACAGAAGAAGAAUUUGAUAAUUUUAUAGCCAGCCUUCACCCACAAGGAAUCAGGGAAAGUGCUCUCAAAUCAGAACUUUUAAAACGCCGUGAUGACAUUGUAAAAAAUAUGAAUGCAACAAAGAAAAGUUCGUCCAAAGAUGUCACUGUUAAAAAGACUGAAGAAGAGGAGAGUGACAACCCUCUCGAUAUGAAAGAGGCUUUCAAAAGGGAGCUUCGAGAAACUGAAACCCGUCUACGUAAUGGAGGACUUGGUGGUGUGUUUGAUCAGGAAGAAUGGGAAAAGAAAAUUGAAACGUCUGUAGCUAUAUCGGACAUGGCUAACUGUAUGUUAGACACCCAGAGUUAUGUUUUAGAACGGUUCUUGCAAGGAAUUAUGGGAAAAUCUAAAUCAAAAAGUUCUGAUUCUGAAAAGAAAGAAGAAAAUACUGAUUCUUCUGUCAAAGAGGAGGAAGACAAAGAACUGAUAAAUAUGGGUCUCUUAAAAUGGAAAGAAGCUGUAGAACACUCUAAAACAUAUUCACGCUUACAUGUUUUACUUGGAAUUUUGGAUGCCUGCAUCAAAUGGGAGAAGUCCGCUGAGAAUGCUAAAUGUAAAAUUUGCCGGAAGAAAGGAAUUGGUGAACAGUUGAUACUGUGUGAUGAUUGUAACCAGGCAUUUCAUUUAUACUGCCUUCGUCCUGCUCUUCCCUGGAUACCCGAGGGUGACUGGUAUUGUCCUGCAUGUCUGCCUCAGUCAGAACGUAGGAGUCGAAGAACUGCUUCCAGGAAGAAAUAUGGUGAAGAUACAGAUGAUGAGAAGGGAGACAGUGAUGACGGCGAUACUGAGGGAGACGAUUUACGUCAAUCAGAGAAGGAACAUUAUGAAAAUUGUGUUGUGUGUGAUGGCCAAGAUGACUUAAUUCAGUGUUCACAGUGUCCUGAUGUCUACCAUAUAGAAUGCCACGAUCCACCUUUAAGACAUCCACCCAGGGGACAAUGGAUUUGUACUCAAUGUAAAAGUGGUGGCCGAAGAUCAAGAUCACGACAAGCUGUUGCCAAACAAAGACAAGAGAGGGCUCAACGACGUAAGAAGUAUAUGAAAGAGUCUGAGGAAGAGGAAGAAGAGGAGGAGGAAGAGGAAGAAGAAGAGGAGGAGGAGGAAGAAGAAGAAGAGGAAGAAGAAUCUGAAGAAGACAUUCCUAAAAGUUCAAAAUCCAAGAAAAAAGUACAGCUCAGAACAUAUUCUAAAAGAAAACCGAGAGUGAAGAAAAACUGUAAGGAAGAGUCUGAAGAGGAGGAGGAGGAGGAAGAAAUUUGUGAAGCAAUUUUAAUUCGGUUGAUAAUAAACAAGAACAGUUGGCCCUUCAGACUUCCCGUUGAUGAACGACAGGUCCCUGAUUAUUACGAAUUAAUUGCCAACCCAAUUGACCUUCGAACAAUAAAACAUAAAGUUGUGGAUGCAGAAUAUAAAUACACUGAGAAUUUUGUCGAAGAUUUAUCACUCAUGUUCCGUAAUUGUGCCAUUUAUAAUUCAGUCGACAGUGAAGUUUACCGAUGCAUGGUUCUGCUGGAGAAGCAGUUCAUCAAUCUCUUAUCGAAAUUCCUGCCCCAAUACCCGUACAGCCGAAAGAAAAGUACAAAUGGAUAUACCGACCAAGCAUACACCUGUUAUGGUACGCGAAAAAGGGGCCAUUGUAUAUGAAAAGAAAGAAAGAAAAAAAUUCAACAGAAAUCAACUCCGAAGUAAAUAAUAAUAAUAAUAAAAAAAAAAGGUCUGCGGUGUGGAUUUUGCCCCAAAAUAAAAGAAUUCAUUUGUCACUCAUUCUUCCAUUACACACAAACAAUCUCCUCUUUGUGACCCUGUUUCACCUCCUCCUCACCCUCUAAAAGAAAACUUCGACACAUCAUUGCUGCAUUUUCUAAUUUUUUGGCAUGUCGAUAUGUUUGUGCGCAUAUGUAUGUGUGUAUGUAUAUAUAUAUAGAUUCACACAUACAUAAAUAUAUAUAUAUAUAUAUAUAUUUCUUAAUGCAAGAGUUGUAAAGAUAUAUGAAAAUAUAUUUUACAUAGUGCAAACAUUAUCUAAUAUAGAACUCAAUACAUUGGGUAGAGUAUAUAUAUAUGUGUGUGUUUGGGUAUGUAUAUAUGUAUGCAUAUGUAUAUAUAUAUAUAUAUGUGUGUAUGUGUGUAUAUAUAUGUGUGUAUAUAUAUAUAUGCAUAUGUAUUUACAUUAGUACACAUGCUUAAGGAGAUAGUCAGUGUGAUUGAAAAGUUUCUUUAGCAUUAAUAUAAACCAGUUAACAACAGGUUUUUUCUUUUGAGCUUAAGGUACAUCUUGUUUCCCUCUCUUUCACAUUUCUCACCUACCCCUACACGAUACCCUUCAUCCCUCCCUCCCUCCAUACACACACCAGAAUUCAUUAAACCACACCAACACCAGUUAACUGCCAUGGCUCAGGGAUUCCAGGAUAGCUGGUCUACCGCCCUGCUGUUUUUACUGGCAGCUGUCCAGACCACUCUGUGCAGUUGGUAUACCUGGACAAUUGAACAGGUUUGUUUCUUCAUGUUUUGCCAUUUUUAGGACAAUGAAAAAUUUUCUCAUAUUUUGUUAAUGACAUCUUUCUAAAAUACACACACACAUAUUGGAAAAUGGAUGUUAAAUGAUGAUGAUGAUGUGUGUAUGUAUAUAUCAUCAUCAUCAUCGUUUAACAUCCAUCUUCCAUGCAUGCAUGGGUAGGAUGGUUGACAAGAGCAGGCCAAGUAGAAAACUACCCUAGGCUAUUGCGCCUGUUUUGGCAGGGUUUUUAUGGCUGGAUGCCCUUCCUAACACCAACCACUCUGCAGUAUACUGUUAUAUAUAGUACACUGUUCUGCAAAGGUAAGAUCAACAAAAAAAGUACUCCCAUCUGAUGAGAGAUAAAUAUUGUUUAAUGAAUACAGUAUAUAUUUUUAUGAGCUACAAAUAGUUUCAUACUUUCAUGCAAUGAAACCAACACAGACAGCAUUUUCUGACACAUUUGGUGCUUUCGUGCAAUCUUCAAGCUAUGCUUGUAUAUGUCAUGUGAGCAUAGCCUGAAGAUUGUACAAAGGCACCAGACAUGUUAUAAAAUGCUGUCUGUGUUGUUUUCAUCACAUGAAACUACUAUUAGUAACUCAUAAAAAUAUAUACUGUGUUUAUUAAACAAUAUAUAUAUAUAUAUAUAAACAUACCAAAUAAUAUUCACAAUAACAUAGCAAAGAUCAUAUUGAAAACAUGUUAAAAUAAAAUUGUAACACUGAAAAAUAAUUUUAUAUAUAUAUAUAUAUACCAUUUUAAAUGCUAAAGGGAUUUCUGAAUCACCUUGUGUGUGUGUGUGUGCAUAUACAUACAUAUAUAAAUAUAUAAUUAUAGAUAUGGUGUAUCUAUCUAUAUAUAUAUAUAAUGUAUACCUGUGUACAUAUUUUUAUAUAUGCAUGUGAAUAUAUAUAUAUAUAGUUGUGUGUAUAUUUUUAUAUAUAUAUACAUAUACUCACACACACAUAGACAUACUGUAUAUAUACACAUGUAACCUUGAUACAUUUUCUGCUGCCCAAAUACACACUUGUGCUGUGUUAAGUAUCAUAAUAAUCGCAGUCCUGUUAAUUCACCAUUGUAUCUUGAUAAUGUACCGUAUUCUAUUAACUGUGGUAGAACACUCAACUAAACCACUUAAAUACCGAACCACUUUAUUUCAGUGGUAUUAAUAAACUCUUCUACAAACCAAA